AUGGCGCAGAAGUUGGUGGAAUCAACCAAUAGACUCAAUGCGCAGCAGCUGUUCGCAAGAUACUACCCCGAGAAUGACCUCCAAGAUCUCGAAACCGCUACCUCCUUGACGGGGUCACAGAAUGUAUUGGUUCAGCGAGCCGACGCUCAGAGUUUGACGGCUGCACAGCUGAAUGCAUGCCUCGAUCUAGUUGAACAGACUAGCGCGGAAGACUACCGCAACUCUGAGACAGGAUGGUCACGUACCAAAAAGCGCAGGGAGAUGAGACUGCCGGACUUGAGGUACAUCUUGCUUUUCGAUCGGUCUCAACGCGACAAGGACCACCAAUCCCCGCUCAUUGGCUUCAUUUCAUUCAUGAUUACGUAUGAGGACGGCUAUGAAGUGAUCUACAUCUAUGAGAUCCAUUUUGACCCGUCCUCACAGGGAAAGGGUCUUGGAAGGCGCUUGAUGAGUGUGGUGGAGACCAUUGGCGCCAAUAUUGGGGUCGAGAAGGCCAUGUUGACAGUGUUCAAGUCGAAUGAGCGCGCCACUAGCUGGUAUGAUCGGCUCGGCUAUUCCACAGACGAGUUUUCGCCUCCUGCGCGACAGUUGCGCGGUGGCGUUAUGAAGGAGCCAACGUAUGUGAUCCUGUCAAAGAUUCUCAAGGAUCCAACGGGGUGA